AUGUCCUUGUUCCUUUCUUUUCCUAUUUGUCCUUGCUCUCCUUUCUUUUCCUACAUUCUUUUGUCCUUGCUCUCCUUUCUUUUCCUACAUUCUUUUGUCCUUCUUUUUCUUUUCCUACAUUCUUUUGUUUGCUGUUUUUUCCUAAUUUUUUGUCCUUGCAAUAUUUAUUUAAUUCUUUUUUACUCCUCCUUUUUUCCUUGCUCUCCUUUCUUUUCUCAUUUUUUGUCCUUGCUCUCCUUUCUUUUCCUACAUAAUCCUUGCUCUUUUCUUUUCCUACACUUUUGCUCUCCUUUCUUUUCCUACACUGUUUUGUCCUUGCUUUUUCUUUUCCCACACUGUUUUGUCCUUGCUCUCCUUUCUUUUCCUACACUGUUUUGUCCUUGCUCUCCUUUCUUUUCCUACAUUCUUUUGUCCUUGCUCUCCUUUCUUUUCCUACAUUCUUUUGUCCUUGCUCUCCUUUCUUUUCCUACAUUCUUUUGUCCUUGCUCUCCUUUCUUUUCCUACAUUCUUUUGUCCUUGCUCUCCUUUCUUUUCCUACAUUCUUUUGUCCUUGCUCUUCUUUUCCUACAUUCUUUGUCCUUGCUCACAUUCUUUUUGUCCUUGCUCUCCUUUCUUUUCCUACAUUCUUUUGUCCUUUCUUUCCUUUUUUUGUCCUUGCUCCUCCUUUCUUUUCCCACAUUCUUUUGUCCUUGCAUUCUUUUGUCCUUUCUCCUUUCUUUUCCUACAUUCUUUUGUCCUUGCUCUCCUUUCUUUUCCUACAUUCUUUUGUCCUUGCUCUCCUUUCUUUUCCUACAUUCUUUUGUCCUUGCUCUCCUUUCUUUUCCUACAUUCUUUUGUCCUUUUUCUUUUCCUACAUUCUUUUCCUUGCUCUCCUUUCUUUUCCUACACUCUUUUGUCCUUGUCCUUUUCCUACUCCUUUCUUUUUUUCCCUACACUGUUUUGUCCUUGCUCUUUUCUUUUCCUACACUGUUUUGUCCUUGCUCUCCUUUCUUUUCCUUACAUUCUUUUUGUCCUUGCUCCUUUCUUUUCCUCUCAUUCUUUUGUCCUUUCUCCUUUCUUUUCCUACAUUCUUUUGUCCUUGCUCUCCUUUCUUUUCCUACAUUCUUUUGUCCUUUUUCCUACAUUCUUUUGUUUGUCCUUCUUUUCCUACAUUCUUUUGUCCUCUACAUUCUUUUGUCCUUGCUUCCUUUUCUUUUCCUACAUUCUUUUGUCCUUGCUCUCCUUUUUUCCUACAUUCUUUGUCCUUGCUUCCUUUCUUUUCCUACAUUCUUUUGUCCUUUUCUUUUUGUCCUUGCUCUUUUCCUACAUUCUUUUUGUCCUUGCUCUCCUUUCUUUUCCUACAUUCUUUUGUCCUUGCUCUUUCUUCCUACAUUCUUUUGUCCUUUCCUUUUCUUUUCCUACAUUCUUUUUGUCCUUGCUCUCCUUUCUUUUCCUACAUUCUUUGUCUUGCUCUCCUUUCUUUUCCUACAUUCUUUUGUCCUUGCUCUCCUUUCUUUUCCUACAUUCUUUUGUCCUUGCUCUCCUUUCUUUUCCUACAUUCUUUUGUCCUUGCUCUCCUUUCUUUUCCUACAUUCUUUUGUCCUUGCUCUCCUUAUUUCUCUCCUUUUUUCUCUAUUUUUCGUUCAUCGAUAA